CGCAAAAUGAAAACAAUGGUCAAUUCCGUCGUUAUUUACUUAUUUUGUAGCUGAGGCCAUUGACCAGAACUUGACCGCUAUCAUCACCAUUAUCCGAGCCGGAGACGAUGAAUCUGCUACCUAGCGGAGGCGGAGGAGCCCCACUUUCCUCUUCCAACCGAUGUUCCCUCAAAUUCAAUCGCCCCGUAGCUCAUCUUUUCUCUUCCAUUCCCGACCCUGCUUCCAGACCCAAGAUUCGCCUCAAGCCCAUCACGCUUGCUAGUCCCGAACCGGGAGCGUCUCGCCGCUCUGCUACCUCGGCUGCUCCCAGUUCAACUCCAUUCAACGGAGCUGAUGAGGAUACAAUCUCUUUUGUCUCUCAGGAUGAGGUUCCGAUUGAAGGUGUUAUCCAGUACGAGAAACCCGACUCUUCUGCUUCGUUUUCCAGAUGGAGUAAAGUGGCUUUGCUAGCUGGUGGGGAUGUGGCGGCUUUGCUGUUGUUCUCCGCAAUUGGAAGAUUUAGUCAUGGUUUUGCGGUUUUUGACUCUGAGACAUUGCAAACGGCUGACCCUUUUAUUGCUGGGUGGUUUUUGAGUGCAUACUUUCUUGGGGGAUAUGGAGAGGAUGGCCGAGGAAUGAAUGGUCGAUUCAAAGCUUUUAUUGCUGCAGCAAAGUCUUGGUCUUUAGGUAUCCCGUUGGGUGUAAUCAUAAGGGCUUUAACUGUUGGUCACAUACCACCAGUUAACUUUAUAGCAGUCACCAUGGGAAGCACUGCUGUAUUACUUAUUGGAUGGAGAGCACUGUUAUUAAGCAUUCUUUCUGAUGACCAGAAGAAGACCAAUGAUGUAUAUAAGCGUGGUAGUCCAUUUGAGCUUUUUGAGUUACUCAUAUCCCUUGUUAGAAGAUGGUAAAUGAUGAGCUAGGCAGUGCAGCAAUGGCAUUCUUGUCUGAUGUAUAUUUUGCUGCAAUCUCAAGUUGUACUCCUUCCAUAUCACCAAGUUGGGGCCAACAGAAUCUAACAGUAUUCAAGUAAUUCAACCAAAUCUGGGGAGCAUCAACAAUAUUUCGAAGAACAUGUGUCACUGUAAUUGUUUGGCGGAUAUAUACUUUCCAGAGUAAAUUAAUUAUUUUGGAAAUAAAAAGUUGAUAAAAAGGGCAGAAAAACAUUGACAAUGCAUUAUACUACUUUUCUUUGGUUUUGGAGCUAACUAGGGUUUCUGUCUGGUUCAUGAGGUUUAAAUAGUACUCCGUAAUAAUAUUGAAACUAGUCGUUA